CUGUCUGAAAACCAGAUAAAUGGAGUCAAAGAUUAUGGAACAGCUGCUGAGAUGACCAGGACCUCUCCUAUCUAUCCUAGAUCCCUGACACCACAUGAGAUACACGGUUACUUCAGUGGUAUUUAGGUACUAUUGUAUUGAAGGUAUGGAUGUUAGAGCACUUAAGAAAUACAGUUCAUAUUCAGAUACUCUUUGCAGAUUCCUAGGCUGAGGAAUUGUUGUUUAUUAUCAUUAUCCAAACUGAGGCGUAAUUCCGCCGGUUCUCACCCUCCGGUCCAGCAGGUGGCGCUGUUAACCGUUGAUCUUCGCUUUGUCCGCCGCCAAAAUGCUCAUUUCACUGAAGAAGUAUUUUUCUUUUAGGAAGAAGAUCCCGACAAAGCGGCCCUGUUUCUUUUCAGCCUGAAAAAGUCCAAGAAUCAGAAAAGCGACGAUGUAUGCCAGGACAAAUACCGGCAACACACACGGAGACUUUCAAGACAGAAACGGGGUCAAUUAUGUGACAUCAACAGAGUCCUUCGGCCACUGCUCUCAAUUGUUCUGGAAGAAGGAUCCCAACGACUCCGGGCCAAGUUCGACCAUCAGCUGGUGCAAUCAGCUCCCUUCCUCUUCAGCAGCUCUCUCCACCUCCAGUCUUUCCUCAGCAUCACUCUCCAGCUCCAGUCUCUCCAUGGAGUCACAAGCACCAGCGCCCACGACGACGGCGACAGAUGACAUGGAAUCAGAUGAGAGGCCAUACGUCUGCGACCUGUGCAACUGUGCUUACAAGCAUGCUAGCUCCCUGCUCAACCAUAAGCUCACCCACAAGACUGGGGACUUUAGAUGUGACUUUUGCAGCAAACCUUACACCAACUACAUGUCCCUUCGCAACCACAUGCGAAUCCACGGUCAGAAACGUUACAUGUGCGACCUGUGUGGGAAGGCCUUCCGAUUGGCCCGGUACCUGCGCAACCACCAGAGGAUUCAUGACGACGGGCCCAAUCGCUUUGACUGUCCCUCCUGUUGCAAGAGCUACCGGACCAUGCUGGAGCUGGCCCAGCACCGGUGCACUGCUGCAGCAUCCAACCAGAACCGGUUCAACUGCCCGUCCUGCUUUAAGAGCUACCGAACCAUGCUGGACCUGGCCCAGCACCGCUGCAGCGCCGCGGCCAAAAACCAGUCUGGUGGUCGACGUUCCAACUACUCCUCCGGUCAUCGACGUCAGCAGCAGCAGAACAACGCCAACGCCAUGAUGCAGCCACAGCACGGAGGACACGGCCCGGAGGCUCUGCCCUCUCACUGUGUGUCACCCAUGUCUCAGGGGGGGCAGGGUGGAGGCGUGGCCAGCCAGGCAGUGCCUGACCCCCACCAGCAGGGCCGUCCUAGCUCUGUGUCCUCCCAGAGCAGCCAGCAGAGCAUGCGGACCUCCUCCUCCAGCAAACACGUGUCCACGUCCAGCGCCGCCCCAUCCUCCUCGUACUCUCUGCUUCAGCCUCUUGUUCCCGAGGUAAAGGAGAUGAGUUCGGGAUACACUAGACUGAGCGCCAACCCCAUGUCAAAGCACCAGGACACGUUCUCUUUGGCCCAGCAGCCGCUCACCACCAUCAACCCCAUCGGCCACGCCCUCCAUCCCAACAGAGCUCCCACGCUCAAACCUUCCCCCGUCCCACGCAGCAUCCCGGCCAUGCCCUGGGAGCGCUCCCUCUACAAUCAAUGAGACCUCUGAGAGCACCUGCCCCUCGACAUCGCUACCACCACCCUACACCCCGUCCUCAGGCCCGGCAUCAAGGAUGGAGGACUCUGGACGCCCAUCCAACACCUCAGUCAUCGUUUGGAACUUUGUUUGGGAACGGGCAUCGUGGAGAAAUAGAUGAGAUUGAUUACUGAGUAGUUAGGUUUAAAAUGUGUUGCCUUGACCCUGAUGUAUGAUCUAUGCCAUGUACUGGAUAUAAGUUAAAAUGUCUGUCCUCACUAAGAGUUGUUAUCCCUCUAGUUAUGAAAGUAUCUAUCCUUUAUAAAUAGUGUCCCUCACCGGCCCCACCGGCUCCAUAUAUACGAAGACCAGAGAGGCGCCACAACAGAGACCGGCCGUUGGGUUCAGCAGAGGUUCAGAGGUUUCUGGAACGUAAAGGGAAAAUGGAACCACAGACUCUUUUUCCACAAACCUCCUCAAACACAGAACAUUGUGUAUAUGCUGCGUCCGGACCGGUCCAGACUGUGUGAGGACGCCUCCUCUGCCCGUACAGCGCCGAGCAAACAACCAGGACCGUGACAGGGAUACGCGGGCCGGGGUCGGUCGGACCCGCCGGUUUCCGCCGCGUGGUGGGAACGGACCUCUUUGUUACCCAGUAACUCACAGUUUGGUGCCAUGUUCCUUGUGACACUCAACUGAACUGACUUUUUUUUUUUCCUACCGUUGCAUCUGAUCGGUGGCUCGUUGUUACUGUAGUUUACGGAUCUGUUGGCCGGGAAUCAAACCUAGAUUAGUCUCCACACGUUUCGUUCCAAACCGACUGUUACCAUGUUUGUUCCUUUCACCUUGAAGCACUUUAUGGUAAGUGCUGUGUUCAUCUCCACCUCUAGUCUAUAGCUCUGUCAGCUGUGAUGUAAAGUCGCCUUACAUCAACCCUCAUCACUAACACCAGCAGCAGGACGGGGUCUGGUUUGGCCCUUUGUAUUAUGGCUGUACAAUCUGGCCACUGUAUGUGUGCAGCUCUGGACCCCCCCACCCCCCGGCUCUCAGCCUCCAGUGUUGAUUUACCUGUAGAGAAAACCUCCGACCUGCAUUUCACUGCACCACGGCUAGAUUUAGUUAACGCCUACAGGGUGUUUCAAUAAGCAGCCGGUCAGUGUUUGGCUGGAUAAUGGGAAUAAACGAAUAACCGUCUAAUCUUGGCUCUAGUGUGUUGUUAGGUUAUCUUGCUAACAUGGUGCUCAUUGAAAUACCCCCGUUCUACUGACAUUGUAUUUUCUCUUAAAGUUUUUUUAUUUUUGUUCAUGAUGUUUUUCAUUGUUGCUUUCUCUCCUUGUAAAGUGUCUUUGAGUAUUUAGAAAAGUGCUAUACAAAUAAAAUGUUUUAUUAUCACCAUCA